GACCCUGUUUCCAGCAGUGACCAACCAGAAUAAUCUCUCCCAAAUGAUUGCUGUUCUUCGAUGCUCCAUGGCUGACAUCAGUGCACUGGCUGUCAUCUUCUUGUCUUUGCGCCUCUGUACAGCAGAAACUUUUUAUGCAGAGAAAGGCUCUUCAACGGAACUGCCAUGUCCAUGUCCACCCUGUUCUGAGCAAGGCAAGGAAGUGAGCUGGUGGUACUACGACAGCUACAAUGGAACAAAGAAACUCUUUCUCAAAAAGGCAGGCAAGAAGGUAUGGCGUGGCCCGGAUGCCUGGAGCCGCCUUGAGAUGCUUCAGAAUUACUCCCUUCACUUCCACAAUGUGACAGACAGCGAUACUGGUAGAUACUGGUGUGAACAGCUCCAACAGAAGUAUUACGAUCUAGUGGUUGUCACAGGAACCAAGCAAGUGAUAGAGAUCCAUGGGGCUGAUAUUGUAUGCUACCUUCUGAGCUGCUUCGUCCCAGUCAAAACAUCAGUCCCGGGAAAGGCCAGCUGGUGGGAAGGCAAAGAGAAACUCCUGGAGAGAGAUGAGAAGGGAGGCUACAACAUCUUCAAAGUGGAAAGGGCAUCUCUAUUCCACAUCUGCUUGAAAAAAGAGGUCUCGAGAGAUGAAGAACGGAGGCGUACCAGUGAAAGGAGGGUGAAGUGUUGCUUUGAGAAAAUGGAGAUCACCUUCAGUUUGACAGGAACAGCAAAAGAUUGCUUGUCAGCGUGCCAUAAUCAAAGCUCAUGCCAAGAAAGCAGAGGGAAUCAGGACUUCUGUAUCCCACUGGCUGUUUGUGUCGCAGUGCUGUUAUUAAUCAUACUUGUUCUGGCAGUGGUGAUGUGGAGAAGGAGUUGCAGCCAGAAACCUCAAGAGAAGCCCAACAAAGCCACCAUGAAUUCUCCCUUCCCUUCUGCUCUUUUCCAGACUCUGGUGAUGCCGGACAGGAGAAAGGUAUUUCUGAACCACGAUACAUGGUUCGAGUGUAUGAGAAUAUCCAGGCCAGAUCAGAGAUGCUGUGACAAGCAAGAGAAAGAUCCUGUAUACCAUGAGUCAGUUGAUCCUGGACUCCAGCUGCUAGUGUUUGACCAUCACGGUGUUUUCCAACUUCAACUUUUUCCAGAUUUUGUGUGUUUUUCCAGUAGGGAGUUCCUACUCUGUCAAAACUUCCCUAAACCUUUACUGUAUCUAUACUUCUACCCUCAGAUAGAAGAACCCUACAUAGAAGCAGUGUUUCCACAGUGAAGCUGUCUGUUUUAUUUUCCAUGUAAAUAAUGACUGUUUGUGUAAUAUUUCACUAAAAUCCAAAUACUGUCUAUUGAAGGUGGCCAUCUUUUCAGCAUUAGGAGGCCUGUAACAGUUAGGGCUGCCAAAUGAUCACAAAAACCUACCCUGACCUGUUCUUAUGCCUUUAAUGUCAGCUUGACUAGCAGUGGUGAGCAGGUGAAGCCGUGUGGGGCAUGAAGGUUUUGACUGGCUGAUACCUACCAAUCCAGCUGACAUUAAAAGUGCAGGAACUGGUAAGACGUUGGCAACCCUAAUAACAGUUUUAUAGCAGACAAAAUUCCAGAGGUGUAGCUUGUCAUGGCAGAGUUUUGCAGGGGUUUAAAAAGUGAUUCCUGGUAAAAUGUCCUCAUUUAUACAACUGCUUGUAUUGACCCUAAAUUUGAGAUAACUCCCUUAAAAACAGAGGUUUAAUACAGGUGAUAGAUAGCUGUAAGUACCCAAUAAGAACAGGGCUCUGAAUUUAAGACGACCUCCCAAUUUAGGGGGUUGUCUUAAAGAGGAACUUAGAAAAAACCUAGUGUUGGAUUCAGGUAAAUACAGUAUCAAAGUCAGAGAAGCCACAUUUAAACAGAUUUCACUCUUUCUGCUGAAACUUGAAAUGGUGCUCAGUGUAAUAUAUCAGACAUUUUGAGCAUAUUUACACCACAGACAUAAGUGUUUAACAGUCGUUCCUUUAAGCACGUUCUUCAUAUUUCAUUGUAACAUAGAAAACUGCCUUAUACCAAAUCAGACCAUCCUCAUAGUCAGUCAAGCAAGCCCACUAAUAGCUACUCAGUAAGGAAGAUCGUAUUCAGUAAGGAAGAUCAAAGGAAGACUUUGGUUUGGGGCGGUAUAAAAAUCAAUUAAAUAAAUAAAACAAAUAAAAAAUAAAUGCAAAGCAGAUAUUCUACCACUGAGGUAUGGCCCCGUCCCCUAAGGGGGAUCUCUUACAGCAUUCACAUGUACUCACCCAUCCAAAUGCUAACCAAGGCAGACCCUGUUUAGCAAAGGGGACAAUACAUGCUCACGACUACAAGACCGGCUCUCCUUGUAGAGAGGGAACCAAUACUGAAAGAUUGACUGUUCUUGAGCUAGGCAUAGUACAUCUUCCUCACCCAGUAAACCAGUAAUCUUUUUGUUAAUUAUUAUAAAAUGUCAUGAUCUAUUUUUAUAAACUUAUGCUGCCUUCCAUCCCAUUCCCUGUUUUCUUCAAUAUACCUCUGCUGUGGAGGAGCUGGCGAAGAGCCAGGCAGCUGGUGGUAAGGUGACUUCUCCCCUCCCCCCACCCCUGCCUGCCCCUUGAACCUCUUUAUAGUUAGGGAUCCCUUUUGCUUGUAAAAGGCACUCAAACCCGGUUCAGCCUGGUUCGACAGCACGAACCAAAUUGCAGGCCAGGUCUAAUGAAUUGGUUUGUGGACCAGCGGUUUGGUUUGAAUUUGGUUCAAAUUCAAACUGACCCGCUGUGGAUGGUUCAGUGCACACCCCUAUUGAAGGCUUGCCCCGGAAUUUUGAAACACGCUUCCUAACAAAAUUAGUGCCUCCCCUUCUCUGGAUGUUUUAAAGAAAAAUCUGAAAACUUACCUGUUUAAUCAGGCUUUUAAUUUAUAGUUUUGAGUUUAGAGGUUUUAAUCUAUAUUUUAAAUUGUUUAAAUUGUGUUAAAUGUUUUGAUGGUUACUGUGUUUCAGAUUGUAAACUGCCCAGAGAUCUGUAUAUGGGGAGCCUAUAGAAAUGUGCCAGAUAAAUAAAUAAAUAACUUGUAUGGCU